GCAUAGCGCUGUAAUAUUCGCAAAUAGCUCGCAGCCAGCGAAAAACGUAUUUAAGAGCUAUUCAGCAAAUUGCAUUAAAGAAGUUGCACGCGACCAAGCAGAGACCGACCAAGCGCUAUCCGAGCCGCCAACUGAAUCCAAAUACUGCUGAAAGAUGAUCGUGCGACACAAUUCGAUGUUUGCGCUGCUGGCGCUGGCGCUCAGCGCUCUUGCCCUCAGCCAUGCCCACUUUCCGCAGUACUGCGCCGAGUGCGAGCAGGAGAUUUGGGAGCAGGUGCCGUGCAGUGAGAUCAGCUCCACCACGCUCCGGCCGCCCAUCUCAACGACGGGCUCGACGCCAGCGAUCAGCACCACAACGCAAACGCCGCCAACAGUGACCACGCCCCCAACCACACUGACGCCCACACUGCCGCCCAUCAUCUCCACCCUGCCGUACGUCUAUACGACGCCGGCGACGCCCUACACGACCCCCUCGACGUACAAGAAGUGCUACUGCGAGUGCAAGCUGGGCUGCAAGGAGUUCUGCCGCAAGGUGUCCGUGGCCAGUCCCAAGCAGCAGAUCACGCAGAUCUCCUCCACGGGCGAGUAUGCGCCAGGCGGCCAGGUCGAGUACACGCAGUCGCUGCAGCGCAAAUACUACCCCAAGUACGCCGCCAAGAGCUACAAGCCCUAUCCCGUGGUCUACAGCGAGGCGGCGGGGGCAGCAUCCGCGCCCGCUGCGAACAACAUAAAUGCGCCCAACUACACGCUGGAGGAGCUGGCGCAUCUGCUGAGCUCCUCCUACGGCGCUCGCAAGGGCUAUCCGGCCAGUCCGCAGCCGCAGCCGCAGCCGCCGCAACAGCAAUCGGUCUACUACGCACCACAGCCGCUGAUCUCUCGACUCCAGCCGCAGUACAGGCAGCUGAUCAGCAAGGUCUCGCCACCCAAGGAGCACGUGAUAAUCAAGACUGCAUCCGCGGCGGUUUCAGCCUCUGGCCGUGCAGUGGCCAAGGCCAAGACGCCCUACAACGAGGUGGUGGCCACAUCGGCGCCCGUCUAUGAGAGCACCACGUCGUAUCCGAUUCCGCCACCAGAGCCGCCCAAGCCAUAUCCUGAGCCCGAGCCAGAGCCUGUGCCCCUGCCCGUGCCAGUGCCCGUGCCCCUGCCCAUGCCCCAGACCGAGGCAUAUCCCUCCCAGACAGAGGCCUAUCCGGACAAGUCCUAUGAGGCGCCCGAGUCGAAGGGCAAGUCCGAGUCAUCCUCCUUCGACCUGGCCAUCGACAACUACCUGAAGGACUUUGGCUACGGCAACCAGGUGCGAGACUUGGACUACUAGCGCGCUGCUAGCCCCGAUUGUUAUUAGUUGUUGCUAGGUUUAGGUCUAUGCCUAAGUAU